CGACGCGAGCGCGAAGCGCGGCGAGGUUCACCACGUCACGUCACGUCUCGCCUCGGCACUCGCGGAAGUCACGGUGAGCGCGAACGCGAUCGGUCCACGUCGAGAAUCCGCUUCGACGAGGCCGAAAAUCGCCCCCCUGGGGAAGAUCGGCGUGCGUGCGCGCCGACGACCGAAUAUGUGAGCGUUAUCUGGUCAGAAGUCAGUGCGUCGUCGUCGGUCAUCGGUGGGAUCGGUAGAGAGAGAAAGAGAGAAAGAGAGAGAGAGAGAGAGAUUCGCGUGUGCCAUCGUCGUUCCUAGACUAGAACGGCGCCGUAUUCCCUCGUGUGUGCGCGCUCCUCGGCUCUUCGAUCUACGGCCUCGGCGAGGGGAGAGAAAGGUGCCCCCGGGGGGAGUCGCCGAAGAUGUCAUUCGAGGGGAAGUACAACGCCAAGAGCCCGGCGGUGAAGAGGUUAAUGAGGGAGGCGCAAGAGCUGCACGAAGCCACCGAGGAGUACUACGCGUCUCCUCUGGAGGACAAUCUGUUCGAGUGGCAUUUCACGGUGCAGGGACCGCCGUCGACGGACUUCGAGGGUGGUGUUUACCAUGGGAGAAUCUUGCUGCCGCCGGAGUACCCCAUGAAGCCGCCAAAUAUCAUCCUGUUGACACCAAACGGACGUUUUGAAAUAAACAAGAAGAUAUGCCUGAGUAUCUCUGGUCAUCAUCCCGAAACGUGGCAGCCGUCGUGGAGUAUCAGAACGGCAUUGCUGGCUCUGAUAGCCUUUAUGCCUACACCCGGAAGCGGCACGAUCGGAGCAUUGGAUUACAGCACUGAGGAACGACAGAAGCUCGCUAAAAAAUCGCUGAACUGGCAGUGUGAUACGUGCGGCAAAGUUGUAAACUUGUUGUCGAAGAACUCGGUCAAGAAACCCAUCACUGAGGAGGAGCAAACCAUGCUAAAAACAAUCGCUCUUAAAGCCGAUGACUCACCUACGUCAGACGUGUUAUUUACGGAUAAUACGGGAAAUAACGUGUCCGAGAACGAGAUACGGCACCGUAACGUCGAAACGAUCCCGGCAGAAAAUGCAGAACGUCAACAGCCUGAAAUUAUCUUGAAUCGCGUGGAGACAAUGUCCUCUUCGAACGAUUUAUUUUGGAGUAUUCUCAUCGCUUCUUUAGUAUCCGCAAUUAUUUUGUUAAUCCUACGACGAUUAUUUCUUGUUUAACUUAUUAGGCUCUUCGCGAAAUACAGGAAUACACGUCAUGAAAACAGUAAAUUUUAUACGCGUUACAGUUGUAUUCAUAUUAUCAUGUGAAUAUCGCGAACCAUCUGAUUUUUUUCCACGAAAAUAUAUGUAAUACAUGACGAAAGUAUAUGCAUUAGUAUAUAUUAGUACAUAUCCAUAUUGUUCGUAUAAACAACAUUCGUCUUAUACAUCCCGGAUAUUUUCAUUUCGUUGCAAAAAAAUAAGUUAAAUAAAUUUCCAAUUUGAUUGUUAAUUUACACGUACUAGUCGCUUGUGCUUUCGUUUGAAGAUAUAGUAUUGAAAAUAAAUCACUUGUCCAACGUUUUUAUAUACAUUUUAUUUUAGUAUAUUAAAUGACAUUGGUAUUAAAAUUGUAUGUAGACUUUAUCGUUUCUUAGGUAUAAUUAAUAAAUUUUGUUUAUUUUGAUAAUAAUUAUUAUUUUCAAAUA